GGUUUUCAGUCUGUUCACAAGGUGCUCAAUGACACAGCGCUGAGGUACGAGAGUCGGAGGGAGCUGCAGCAGCUUGUUUGCCAGGUAACCCAGGUGACAGGAGGGUGGUGCAGCCGCAGACAGAUCCUCUGGAUGUGAGGCGUGACACCCUCCACCUGGCUCUCAUCGCCUCAUGAAGAGCAGUCUGGGAGGGAUCAGGACUUCCUUGGUACCCUGAGGCUCCAUCGUGGCACCACCGUUAUGACCUACCUUGCUCACACCACCCACGCCCAGCUGGUAGCCCUCUGGCUGGGCUGCGUAGGCUGGACACUCACCGCUGUGGCCCUUGGACUCAUCCAGUGGAGGGUUUGGGUGGUGUCUGACACAGAGGUCAUCAGCUCGGGGCUGGCCUGGGUGGGCGUCUGGCGGGCCUGCUUCAACAGCCACAACCUGGUGAGCCCUGGCUUUCGGGUCAUGCACUGCCAGUCCAUCAGCCUGACCGAGGCCUUCACGCCGCCGGAGAUCGUGGCCAGUCAGGUUCUCAUGCUCCUGUCUCUGCUCGUGGGGCUUUGUGGGAACGCUGGUGGGGUCUACGCCUUGAGGAACGCCUACUUUGGGAUGGAGAAGAAGCCACCAGUCCGUCUGGCGUUCUUGUCCACCGGUGCUCUGUGCAUGUUGGCCGCCGUGAUGUCACUCGUACCUCUCCUGUGGAACCUGACCUCGGUGGUGACCAAUCAGACCAUAGCGUUCCCCCCUGAGUUUAAAAUGCCUCCGGCUCCUGAUUCUCAGCACGUGGGGUGCGGCAUCGGGGUCGGGAUGGUGGGCACGGUCCUAAUGAUUGUCUCUGGAAUUAUUUUCUGCACCUACAGGUCGCCAGUGAGGUCACUGAGAGGAAAGGCACACCUGGACUUACCUGUGCAGCCUGAGGCAGGCUCCGGGGGGAAAAAUAACCCCGCGUUUGAGUCUCAUGAACACCUGUGAUCGUUUUUUUGGGGCUGACUCACAUGCUUGAAUGUGACAGUUUCUGACUUUAAAUCACACCUAUUUCCUGUGUUCUCUGUCUCCUGAUUGGCUCCAUACUGGUCACCUGUAACACUGCCAACCUUACAAUCAAACUUUACUCCUUCGCUGCAUUUUAAUGUGUUUCUGUGUCAAACUCCUUCAAAGCACAGUGGGAUCAUUUUCUCUGGAGGUCAUCACAUGAUAUUUCCCAUGAGCCUCCAGCUCAGUGCUUCUAUCUCAAAUCACCUGAAAAGGUGACGUCUGUGCAGGGAUCUGCAUCCAGCUGUUGUUUAUUUCUGUGGAAAUUAACUGCACUACUUCUGUGAACGUGUGGGUUUUCUUUUCUAUCAUUUUGAUAUUUUAAAAUAUCCACAAAUUUAAUAAAUUAUGUUCCAUUU